CUGACAGAGAGACAGACAGACAGACAGACAGACAGACUCAGUCACUCCACUCGCCAGCUGCUCCUCACUCCUUUCCUGAUUCGCCAUGAGCUCCAUGGUGGAUGUAAAAACCCUGUACAAGAACCUCCUGACCCUGAAUCUGAGUGAGGAGCGGGAUGCUCCGGCCGGCUCCGAGCCCCUGGGGGGCAGUGGUGACUCCCACGUCUGGCCCCUGCGCACGCUCUGGAGCCCCAGCACGGAGCAGGCGCUCUCCCUGCCCGAGCCGGCGGCUCCCCGCCUCUCAUUCCGCACCGACCGAUCCCUCAGCCUGGUCGAGGGCCGAAGCCUGCCGCCCCCCCCGCCCGGCUUCCCCCCGCUGCAGCCCCCACCGGCCCCCGCCCUCUCGGCCCGCUACAAGACUGAGCUCUGCCGCACCUACAGCGAGACGGGCCGCUGCCGGUACGGGGCCAAGUGCCAGUUCGCCCACGGGGCCGGGGAGCUGCGGAGCCUGAGCCGUCACCCCAAGUACAAGACAGAGCUGUGCCACAAAUUCUACCUCCAUGGCGAAUGCCCCUAUGGCUCCCGCUGCCACUUCAUUCACUACCCGGAAGAGCGGGGGCUGGCUGCUUCCCCGCAACUCUUGCGCCAGAGUCUCAGCUACACCGGGGUGCCUGCUGGCCGCCAGGGCUCCCCGCCGCCUGGCAUCUCUGACCUGGCCUCUUUCGCCCGGGCGCCCUCCAUCUCCCCGCCUCCUGCCGGUGACCACCUCUUGAAAUCCUUUACCCGCCUCAACUCUGAGCCUGUGCCUCGCAUGGCCACCCUGGGAGAAGCCCUGGCUGCCUCCUCCACCCCCGGCGGGUGCUGCACCUGCCGCUGUGGCGGCACCGCCAGGCUGGGCACCUUUGAGAGCCCCCGGGACUAUUUCGCCGCCGCCCCGGGGACGCCCGUCGCCUCCGGCCUCCCCAGGACCCCUUCGUCCAACUCGCUCUCUGAUCAGGAUUGCUACAGCAGCUCGGGCAGCCUCAGCGGCUCCGAAUCGCCCGUCUUCGAGAUGCUGCCUGCCAGUGGGACCUGGAAUGGGACCCGCCGGCUGCCCAUCUUCAACCGCAUCUCCGUGUCGGAGUGAGCGGCGGGGGGAGGGCUUGCAAUAGGAUCCAGGCCAUGGGAGGGAAUCUAAUGGGGUGCGGGAGGGGUUAGAUGCAUCUAUGGGGUGGGGUUGCAAUCAACCCCUUGGAGCAAAAGGUGACCCCCCCCGGUCCUCCUUCCAAGGUCCCGCCAGACACUGCCCCCUGGCCCCUCCAGCUGCUGGUUCAGAUGUUUGGGGAAGGACAGCAGCUCUCCAGCCAGAUGUUGGCAGAAGCUGCUCCUGUCUGGGGGGUAGGGAGUGGGUGGAAGGGGAUUGGGGGUGGCCUCCCCUGGUGUGGGACAUGAGCUCCCCACAGUGGGGGAGGGAAGGAGCGGGGGAACAUGCCCAGCAGGUAUCUGGUAUUGUGCACAUCUGGAUGCAAAGCAGACUCCUUGCCUGGCCAGGUGUGGCCACACAUUAAGUAACCUGCUUCUGCUACCUAAAAUUGAAUGUUGCCACAUGUGUGGGUAUCUGGACCAUUGCCCUGCCUUCCUCCACCCUAAAGUGCCAAAUGAUAUCGCCAAAGUGCCUUGCCAACCCCCGCGAUCCGUCCGGGAGUGCUCACUUGCUUCAAGUCAAGGACUCCGCGCCUCCCCCAUGUCACGCUUUCCACUGGACUUCUCUGUUACAGAGAGUGAGAGGAAAUCCCCGGGGGCCCAGCCUGCAUCCCUGAAAACAGACUGACUUGGUGGGGAAGGGUGCAGUUUUAUGCCUGAUAUGUAGCAGAUUGUUGGGGUGGACCACAUCCGCAUGUGGGGUGUCUGGAGUGGACCAAAUUUGGGUCUAAUGGUGCUGCUUUCCUCCCCCGCCCUUACCCUUAUUUCAUGCUGUGAAUAUUUCAGGAAGGGUUUCCAUGAACUGUUUUUGUUUUUUUUUUUGUGGGGGGCGAUUGGGGGGAGCUCGGAUCCAUCCUGCUUCACCUCCUUUCAUAAGGAACUGGGAGGAGUGUCCAAGAACAAGCUUCCUCCACUCCUUCUGAAAUACUGAUUUUAAAAAUCACCCUCUGAUUUUAAAAAUGUACAUUUUUUCCAGUAGCAGUCCCUAACGUUGGAGUAACACUUUAAUAAGCAGUGGCCUAUUUUGGCUCAUUACUGGAGUACUUCCUCUAGGGUUAGUAUUUGAGACCAGAGUAACUCUGUUCACUUUAUUCAGUGGCUUUCAACUUUUUUUUAUUUGUGGACCCCUAAAAAAUGACCGAUGGAGGUGUAGAUCCCUUUGGAAUUCUUUGACAUUGUCUUCUGCAGACCCCCAAGGGUUGGCAGAUCACAGGUUGAAAACAACUAGACUUAAUUGGUAUGAAACAACUCUUACUUUAAGAUGUGGGGGGGAGAGGAAGGGGGCAGGAUUAAUCUACAAAGACAUAGUGUUACUGCAGUAUUUAUGCUCUAAUGCCUUAAAGGGGAAGAUGAGACAAUCUGAGCCAUCAGUAUCUCUGGGUGGAGCAGGAAGGCAGCACUCAACUGUCAGGCAGUUUGCAAUAAAGAUGUGGUGUCCCCCCCGCCCUUCCAGAAUCUAAAGGUCAUGAGGAGGGAGGGGUCUUUGUUCCACCCCCCCGUUAGCCACCCCAUCCAAAUGGUCUAUGUGACAGCAAGAUUGACCUUGAUUUCCAGGGAGUUGGUCUCCAAAGCCAUAGUGUUAAACGGGUCAGGCCUUGCCAUGUAGUGAGAACUUUGUGAAGGGGUGGGAGAUGAGAUGCACUGAGUUUGCCUUGCAAGGUGAGGUGGUGAAGUGCUCCCCAAUCCAGCCCAGCCUCUCCUCUCUUGCUUGCAGCUAGUGUAAAUUGGGAGGAAAUGGACUUCAACCAGUGUUGCCAACCCCAUAUGGGCAAACUCAUAACCUCCCACCUCCGAAAAAAUAAAAAAAAAUCUUGAGCUUGGUUUUAAAAGACUGCAGGUUUUUAAACCAACAAAUCCAUUUGGAUUUGCCAUGUUCAGGGUUCCUGUUUCUCCUCCACCCCUGCCCCAAACCCCGCAGGCUUAAAAAAAAAAACUUGCUUUUUUUUUUUCUCCUUGUAAAAGCAAGUGAAAGUACAGCUCUGGUCACAUGACUUCCGAAGCUUGGGGUUUCAGAACUGCCCUUAACCUCACACAGCUUUGGCAACACUGGUAUCGAGCUCUGAAUCCCACUGUGGUCGCUUGGGAUGUCUUCUUUGCAGCUCAGAGGCCUAAUGAGAUCUUUCAUGUUCCGUUUUCUGUGCUAACUAUUCCCUGAUUUUUAAAUGUUGCUCUUGGAAACCAAACGAGCUCAUGUUUACCUUUGUAAUGAUAGAAGAAAAACCAAAAUUAUUUAUAGAACCUUAUUUAUUCGAGACAGAAUUUUAUAUUAUAUUUAUCUUUUUGUAAUAUUCUGAAAUAAUAUAUAUUUUCCCCUGUUAUUAAAAAGUUAGAGAACCCAGCGAGAUGUAACCAUGAAGUAAUGAGUGACAAAUGCUUUUUAAAUCAUCAUUGUGGUGUUUUAUUGCUGAAUCUUGAGGAUUUAAAAAAAGUGGAAAUAAUAAAACAAAGCCAGCCAUGAGA